AUGGCUGAACGCGUCGCUCAAAUUGCAUCUCACAUUACCUACCCAAGAGGUCUUCUCGCGGGACAAACUGCAAUAAUCACGGGAAGUGGACAGGGCAUCGGCGCCGAAGCAGCGCGUCUAUUUGCUCAAGAGGGUGCAAAAGUAGUUGUUUGCGACGUUGAUUCAGCCAAAGCACAAGGUGUAGCUGAUAAGAUCACCAAUUCUGGAGGUCAAGCUAUCGCAGUCGCUGGCGAUGUUACAGACAAAGACUACAUCAACCAGCUCGUCAAGCGCGCAGCUGAAUUCGGAGGAGGAGAGAUUCAUAUCAUCGUGAACAAUGCUGGCUACACAUGGGACGGCGUGGUUCAUAAGAUGACUGAUAAACAAUGGGAUGCGAUGUCCAGCAUUCAUGGCAAUGCUCCCUUCCAGCUUAUCCGUGCCGCAGCACCCUAUUUCCGGGUCAAGGAUGGAAAGCAAAGAAAUAUCGUUGGCAUAUCUUCAACAUCGGGAGUGCACGGAAACGCGGGUCAAUCCAAUUACGCUUUCUUUAAAGCUGGCGUGGUCGGACUGAUGAAGACGAUUGCAAAGGAAUGGGGUCCGGGGUUUAACGUUCGGGCCAACACAGUGGCGUUUGGGUACAUUGAGACGCGACUUACACAGGCGAAAGAGGAUGGGGCGUUCAUUACGGGUCCAGACGGGGAGAAGAUCCAGCUUGGUGUUCCUGGAAGGGAUGGAAAGUCUUCGUUUGAAGAUAUCCCACUUCGCAGGCCAGGCUCGGCAGAAGACGCUGCCAAAGUCAUACUGGCUAAAGUAUUGAACUCUGGUUAG